AUGGGUGACAACGUUAAUAAUAGAGACAUUCCUGUUGUUCCAGUGGGUGCAGUUAUUGCGGAUGAUAAAGAUCGUGCUAUUCGGCAAUAUGCGGCACCCCGUUUCGAAGAAUUAAAUUCGGGGAUCAUAAGACCCGAUAUUCAAGCAACACAGUUUGAGUUGAAGCCGAUCAUGUUCCAAAUGCUUCAGACUAUUGGUCAAUUCAGUGGGAUGCUUACCGAGGAUCCUCACCUUCAUCUUCGUCUAUUCAUGGAGAUCAGUGAUUCUUUCAAAUUUCAAGGAGUACCUUUGCGCUUGAAAUUAUUCCCUUAUUCUGUGCGAGACAGAGCUAGAACCUGGCUAAAUUCUUUACCGGCAGGAUCAGUCACAACAUGGAAUGAUUUGACAGAAAAGUUCUUGAGCAAGUAUUUUCCUCCCAAUAUGAAUGCAAAGCUCCGGAAUGAGAUCAAUUCUUUUCAACAGCAGGAUGAUGAAUCUUUGUAUGAUGCAUGGGAGAGAUUUAAAGAAUUACUCAGAAAAUGUCCUCAUCAUGGUAUUCUUCAUUGCAUUCAGAUGGAGACUUUUUAUAAUGGUCUCAAUGCUCAAACAAAGAUGGUGGUGGAUGCAUCAGCAAAUGGGGCCCUUCUCUCUAAGUCCUAUAAUCAGGCUUAUGAAAUCCUUGAGACAAUUGCUACCAAAAACUAUCAGUGGUCAUCUUCUAGAGCUCAAACAGGGAAAAAGGUAGCUGGAAUCUAUGAUGUGGACUCUAUAACUUCGAUGAAGGCUCAACUAGCAUCUAUGGAGCAUAUGCUCAAGAAUCUGAGCAUGGGCAAUAAUCAAUCGAAGGAGCAAUCCCUCAGUUCACAGAUUAAUCAAACCAAGAAUGUUUCUUGUGUAUUUUGCGGUGAGGCUCAUACUUAUGAUAGUUCUCCUUCAAAUCCAGAAUCUGUCUUUUACAUGGGAAAUCAAAAUAAGGCUGGCCCUUACUCGAAUACUUACAAUCAGUCAUGGAGGCAACAUCCUAAUUUUUCUUGGAGCAAUCAAGGGGCAAAUUCUGGAACUUCAACUGGCAACGUAAAGUCCAAUUAUCCACCCGGAUUUUCUCAACAAGCACCUCAGUCUAAUUCACUUGAAAAUAUGUUGAAGGAGUACAUCAUCAAGAAUGAAGCUAGUAGAUCUCAGACUGAAGCUCUAGUCCAAAGUCAAGCGGCAUCCUUGAGAAACUUGGAGAAUCAAGUUGGGCAACUAGCUAAUGAACUAAGGAAUCGACCACAUGGCACUCUCCCUAGUGAUACCGAAAAGCCUAAGGGUGUUGGGAAUGAACAUUGUAAAGCCAUGACAUUGAAAAGCGGAAAAGUUUUGGGGAACACUGUUACUGACGCCAAAUAUGAUGAUUCUGUUGAACCUAGUGGCAAUGAGGAAAUUCCUGAUGAUAAGGAAAGCGAGAACGACAAGGUUUCUCCACCAAAGUCUUCUAAGAAAUCACACAUUCAGCCACAACCUCCAUUUCCUCAGCGAUUUCAAAAGCAAAAACAAAAUGUUCAGUUCAAGAAAUUUCUUGAUGUUCUGAAGCAGCUUCACAUCAAUAUUCCUCUUGUAGAAGCUCUUGAGCAGAUGCCCAACUAUGUGAAAUUCAUGAAGGACAUUCUUACGAAGAAGAGAAGGUUGGGGGAGUUUGAAACUGUAGCUCUAACAAAGGAGUGUAGCUCAUUCUUGCAACAUAAAUUGCCUACAAAGAUGAAAGAUCCAGGAAGUUUCACUAUUCCUUGCACUAUUGGUGACUCUUAUUGUGGGAUGGCAUUAUGA